AUUCAGCAUGAAUUCAAAAAUGUUUCAAUUAAGACGACUUUUCUCAUCGGUUGGAAAUUUAAAGACUUAUCGGAAAUUUCGUGCAUUGGAUCUUGAUGGAAAAACGGAAGUUGAGUACAGGAUUCAAGACUAUCCUAAAGACAGAAUUGAAGAAGGAAUUCAAUUUAAUGCUGGGGCAUUUUUGAAGCAUGAGCCAAUGUCAAAGACAAGAAAUGUAAUUAAUCAGCCAGAUGCUGUUGAGGAGUUCUUGAACAUGUUACGCACAACAAUGCAAAAUGGAAAGUCACUUGCUUGUUUCAAGGAAAAUUCUGAUGAAAUUAUAUCGACAAACAUUUUGGCAGUAAAGGAUUGUAAGGAGUACAUGGCAGAACCUGAUUUCAAAAACAAGGACCUCCUUGACAUUUUCGGUGUCAUGAACUAUGCAAACAAGCAGUUCAGUCCAUUCAAGCAUUACAAUGUCGACCAUAUCCUUUAUGCAUUCACAGUUGGUGUUAAGCCAAACUAUACACGGCGUGGAAUUGCUAAUCACAUGUUUCAAUGUCGACGACUUUUGUGUAAGGAACUAGGCCUGAAAGUGACAACGACUCAUGCAACAGCAAACGGAAGUCAGAAGGCUGCUCUUAAUGCUGGAUUUGAAGAGAAUUUUUCCAUUGAAUACAGUGAUCUUCUUAAAAUCAAUCCCAAAUUCAAUUUUCCGAACAUCGACACCAAAUGUUUCAAAGUAUUGAGCUUGAAAGUUUAACAAGCAAAAGUUUACAAAAUAAUCAAAUUCUAAUUCAAAAUCAUCCUAGUAAUGCUAAAUUUAUUGUAAAAAACAUAAAAUGAAAUUAAG